AUGGCGGAUAUAAUCAGUUCUGCUGAAAGAGAGAAGUCCUUAUAUGUAAAACAAAUUCGACAUUUGGACGAGCAGCUGGAGAGUUGUCAGCUUAAAUAUGAUGAGCUGGAAAAACAGAUGAAGAGCCUCAUGUCUGAGUUCAGCACUCUGGAGGUGGACAAGAAACAGGUCACUAUGUUCUUGAUACAAUGCAAGGCUGCAAAAGAGAGGGCGGAGAAGAUGAUGGCGCAGCUGGAGAGUCAGCAGAAGGUAGCUGAACAGGACAUAGAGACCCUGAAGAUGCAGCAGAGCCAGCUGAUGCAGGAGCUUCAGGAGCAGAUCAGUGGAUUAAUGUCACAAAGCACGAUGCAGGUUUCAAAGUUUGAGGCAGAGGAGAAACAGCUGAUGUCUGACAUGGAGUCUCAGGAGCAGCAGCAUCAACCUGCCAUUAACAGCCUGAAGGAGCAACAUGAAGCUGGCACCAACAGCAUGAAGGAGAAACAUGAAGCUGACUUUAACAGCCUGAAGAAAGAAGCAGAAUCUGGAAAGGAAAAUUUUAUGGAGGAGGCUCAGAAAAAGGCAGAUAUUUUCCUUCGGGAAAGGAUUUCAGAAAUUAAUAAGAAGGAGAGGGCUCAGCACAGCAAGACAUUGGACCAGCGGGAGCUUUUGCUGAAGGAGAACGCGGCCCUGCGGAGGGAGAAGUACGACCUGAGUGAGAUUUGCUCUGACGUGAUGACAGAUCUCAAAAAGGUUAAAAAGGAGAACCUCGGUCAUGAGAAUAAUGCAGAGCAUCUGAGGUUAGAGAACCAGCAUGUCAGGGCCAAGCUAAAGGACUGCCAUAACACCCAUGAGGUACAAGAGCAGACGCUGGCUGGGCAAGAGACUGACAUGGCAAAUGAGAGGUAAAGGUUCCAUCUCUUUCUGCUGUCAGUAAACAAGUCUCAUCAUUUUUCCGCAUACUAAUUCAUUGUCAUGGAAGGUGCUUGUAAAAAGGUAAUAUCUUCUAUUUUCAUUAUAUCCAAUCCUAUUUUAAUACUAUUCAUUGUUAAUGCAUGUGUGUAUUUAGACAGCAUACAGACAUGUUUGAAUGUUCUAAGUUGGGACACAACACAUACUCAGAACCUGCUAUGAAUUAUUGUGUAGUGUGGACAUGGGACACAAAUGGGUACAAACUUCUCUCAGAGGCAAACAGUGGUCUAAGUCACAGUAUGUUAUGGAAGGAUUGAAAUGUGUAUAAAGCUGAUUCA